CACAAACUUGUCCUGCCAAACAAAGACAGGCCAACGUCCGGCGAAGCCACUGCAAUCAAUCGAGCAGGCUCUGCCAACAUUGAAACGGGGAAAUCUGCAUUUCCAAGAGCUCAAGACAUUUCAGUUUAAUUUCCUACGAGAGCAGAGCUGAGCAAUUCAACCGCGAGUGGACCCCCCUUUUUCCCAAUGGCCGACGCUCGAUCAUAAAUCGCACUUCUUUCGCGCACACGAAUAUCCCGAGCCUGGACGCCCGACGACGGUACCAUAACACAUGAUGGCGCGCCCCUUGGGGCCGGUUCGCAUGAGGAGGACGAACUACGUGACAGUCUUCAUUGGCGUCGUCCUCUGCACCUUUAUCAUCUACUUCCUGUCGCAAUCCGGCUCGAGUUCGCACACAAACACCCACCGGCAACGUCCCUCCAAGCCAGCCCCCAAGUCCACCGUCCAGCACAUCAGACGCGAUGUCCAGCGCUUCGACCUCAACAAAGUUACCAUCACUGACGACCCGCUCGCAAACAAGGAGCACAUACUCAUUCUCACGCCCAUGGUUCGCUUCUACGACGAGUACUGGGAGAACCUCAUGAAGCUGAACUACCCCCAUGAGCUGAUCACUCUGGGCUUUAUACUACCCAAAAACAAGGAAGGAAAUGCUGCCACGUCAGCUCUGCAGGCUGCCGUCACGAAAGCCCAAAAAGGACCCUCUAAGAAUCGGUUCAGAAGGAUUAUCAUCGAGCGACAAGACUUCGACCCUCCACUGGCGUCACAGGAUGAGGCGGAGAGGCACAAAUUGCACAACCAGAAGGAGCGUCGUGCCGCCAUGUCCAAGGCGCGGAACUCUUUGCUGUUCACAACUCUGGGUCCUGACACAUCCUGGGUGCUGUGGCUCGAUGCCGAUAUCGUCGAGACACCAAAAACCCUUAUUCAGGAUCUUGCAUCCCAUAACAAGCCUCUCGUAGUGCCCAACUGCUUCCAAAGAUACACAGACGACAAUGGCAAGCUAGCAGAGAGAGCCUACGACUUCAACAGCUGGCAGGACAGUGUGACUGCUCAGGAACUUGGGGCCAAGAUGGGCAAGGACGACCUCCUGCUUGAAGGUUACGCCGAGCUGGCAACGUACCGAACACUCAUGGCGUAUAUGGACUUGGAUAACAAGCAAGAUGUCAGCGUAGAAGUCGAUCUGGACGGUGUAGGAGGAACAGCUUUGAUGGUCAGGGCAGAAGUUCACCGCGAUGGAGCAAUGUUCCCGCCAUUCCCGUUUUAUCAUCUCAUUGAGACGGAAGGUUUCGCCAAAAUGGCCAAACGGUUAGGCUACCAAGCCACGGGAUUACCCAACUACAGGGUAAGGCUUAUCUUCCAGCCUGCUGUCGGCUCUCAUGCUAAUCCGGUUCAUAGGUAUAUCACUACAAUGAGUAAGCAAUACAUCAGCCGCCCAUUUCCUGGUUGAAACGUCUGUUUGCUACUCGGUGAGCAUUUGCAUUUUACGAGCUUCUGAAUAUGUACGUUGGUAUGAUUUGACUGCAAGGCGAUCCUGUCAUUACCAGCAAUCGUCGCUGGCCUGCGGGAAAAGGCGAUUUGGACUUCCCUCGCUUUUUUUUUUUUUUCAAUCCCCAGUAGUUUGCUGGGUGGGAUUUGAACGUAAGGCGUGGCUUUU